AUGGAUCGGGCAGUUCAGCAGACGGAUUAUGACGCGUUUUCUUGCAAAAUUAGCGCUAUUAACAAAAAGUACCUACCAUGCCAGAAGGAGCUGGAAUUUUGCGAAAUGAAAGGCUUUUCAGAGCUUCACAUGGCUUAUGUUCAUAGAUUGAAGUCCCUGAACAAAAGGGCGUUCGGAAAAGUGCAAAGAGCCGUUCAAUCAGGCCUUCCCCUAAUGAACUACGGAACUUAUUUAAGAACCGUGGCCAUUGACGUAGAGUGCAAAUCAUUUCUCCAGAAUGCUGCGAGCAACUCGAAGGUGCAAGUACUUAAUCUAGGGUGUGGCUCGGAUCUCCGAAUGAUUUAUUUUCUCGAACAAUACCCUCACUUGAGGUGGAUCGAUCUGGACUUCGCUGAAUCUGUCUCUUUGAAGGCGAAAAUUCUUAGAACAGAAGAGCAGCUCAAAAAGGUUGUGGGUGAGCUCAGGGAUGCAAGUGAAACCGAAUACGUCUCGGACCGCUAUUUUCUCAAAAGCUGUAACCUCAACAAUAUAGAAAAAGUCUUGGAGCUGCUGACGGAAAUAACUGAUCCAGAGGUUCCAACGCUUAUCAUAACCGAGUGCGUGCUUUGUUAUAUGGAUCUGCCAAAAUCUCAAGCUCUGAUCCACAAGCUUAUCUCUUUAUACAAAAGUGGAACCUGGAUUUCUUAUGACCCCAUCGGCGGAGAUGACGUUAACGAUAAAUUUGGAAGUAUCAUGCAAACAAACCUCCGCGAGUCAAGACAAUUGGAACUCCCGACUUUGAUGGUCUUUAACUCAACCAAAAAAUAUGCUCAGCGGUUUGAGGAAGUAUCGAAGUCUACCGAGAUUGAAACUAUGUGGCAAUAUUACGUCCGGCAAGUAACGCAAGAAGAGAAAAACCGCCUCAAGUCACUCCAGUUCCUUGACGAAAUUGAAGAGCUGCAAUUGAUUUUUUCGCAUUAUGUACUUUUAAAAUCUUCGUGGUGA